AUGUUCGCGAUUUACGGUAUAUUAGAUGAAGAACCCAAACGAGUGUCUGGUGUACAACCACGUGAUACGUCAAUCGAUCCUAAACGUUAUGUAUCUUUGGCACUGAAGAAAGAUCAAAUAUAUUUGUAUAAAACGAACCUGGAUGCUAAUGAUAUACGAAAAAUGCUUGAAAUUCAACUGAAUGCUGAUCAGUCAUUAUUAUCAAAAUCUGAAUUAAGUGGUAUUAUAGCCGCUGUAUGGAAUUGUGCAUUCAUAGGAAAAUCAUCGUCUCAUCGCUUAGGUCAAAUAUUUUAUGAUUGCAUUUUAUGGUCAUCAAGAAUGCAUGAGUUUCAUUGUAGUAUUAUAAGUAAGUAUGUUGAACAAAUUAUUCAGUAUGAUCAAAAACGGAUCUCGUCAGAAAAAAUUAAUUCAUAUAAUUAUCGAAGACUAAUUCGUUGUAUUUUAUCUAAUUCAACGAAGCAAUUUCGAAAUAUAAAUGGACGUUCUUCGGUAAAAAUAAAUAUAUUUAGAUUUUUGUUUAAUACAUUACUUCGUAUAGAAGCUGAAUAUUUGAUUGCAUACGAUAUUGAAAUGGCAUUUUAUGCAUAUCAAGAGUAUGCCCAGUUGAAGAAAAUGUCUCUAGUGGAUAUUCUUAAAUUUCAAAUACUUCUCGCAGACAGUAAUAGUGAUACAAAAAAACGGAUACUGUUAGGUACUUUAAUUAAAUGGAUAGAAGAUGACACGUAG